AUAAACCCCCUCAUCCUCACAAUUAUUCUAAUAACAGUUUUUCUAGGAACUAUAAUCGUCAUAAUAAGCUCACACUGGCUAAUAAUCUGAAUCGGAUUCGAAAUAAAUCUACUAGCCAUCAUCCCCAUCCUAAUAAAAAAAUACAGUCCCCGAGCCAUAGAAGCCUCCACCAAGUACUUCCUAACCCAAGCCACCGCAUCCAUACUCCUCAUAAUAGCAAUCAUCAUUAACCUUAUAUACUCAAGCCAAUGAACUAUCACAAAAGUUUUCAACCCCACAGCAUCCAUCAUCAUAACCUCAGCCCUCGCCAUAAAACUUGGACUCACACCAUUCCAUUUCUGAGUGCCCGAAGUCACACAAGGUAUCUCACUAACAUCAGGCCUCAUCCUACUCACAUGACAAAAACUAGCCCCAAUAUCAGUCCUAUACCAAAUUUCACCCUCAAUCAACCUGAACAUCUUACUAACCAUAGCCGUGCUGUCAAUCCUAGUAGGAGGCUGAGGUGGUCUCAACCAAACCCAACUACGAAAAAUUAUAGCAUACUCAUCAAUUGCUCAUAUAGGAUGAAUAACAGCUGUCUUAGUAUACAACCCAACACUGACAAUACUAAAUAUACUAAUUUACAUUACAAUAACACUCACAAUAUUCAUACUGUUUAUUCACAGCUCCUCCACCACAACACUAUCACUCUCACACACAUGAAACAAAACACCCCUAACCACCACAUUAAUCCUGAUUACCUUGCUAUCCAUAGGAGGCCUCCCCCCACUAUCAGGAUUUAUACCUAAAUGAAUAAUCAUCCAAGAACUCACCAAAAACAGCAGCAUCAUUCUCCCCACUCUAAUGGCUAUCAUGGCACUACUCAAUCUAUACUUCUACAUACGACUAACUUACUCCACCUCCCUAACUAUAUUCCCAUCCACAAACAACAUAAAAAUAAAAUGACAAUUCGAAACCAAACAAAUUACUCUCCUUCCCCCAUUAAUCAUCGCUUCCUCCCUACUCCUCCCCCUAACCCCCAUACUAUCAAUUCUAGACU